AUGGCCGACUGGUUGACUGUGAUUUCUGCCUUAAUUGUUGUUGUUGGUUUUUUAACUCUGUCGUGGUUUAUACAUCGCCUUGGAUUGCUUGAGGAAAAUGCAAUGUUCCGCCCUGUGAUGCAGCCCUCCUGGGUUAUUCCAUCUGAACGUGUUUUUGGAGUGAGAAAUCCUUUCCAAGUGAAGUUCAAGCCUGUUAAAAAUGGUAUGCUUCAAUUUUGUCUCAACUCAUCGCUUCCAUGCUAUGGGACUAUGUAUUGGGGUGUAGACAAGAAGACUAUAGAUAACUCAACCAGGCUGUCAUAUGAACUAUCAUCACAGCAUAAUGAUUGUGAUGAUGAUCUGUUUGAUGAUGAUGAUGAUGACGAUGGUGAAGAUAAUAAGGAUGAUGCAAUUGACAGAGUCACCAUGGAGAAGUUACUUGCUGGCUCUUAUGAAACAAAAAGUGUUACUGAAUUCUUUUGUCCAGGAAAAGAUCACAAAUUCACUGAGAGCAUACCUGAGGCGAUAACAAAUAAUGAUUCUCAAUAUCCAUUAGUACUGGCUGUGGAAACAUCAAGGAUCGAUGUGGACAACAGAAGGCAAACAGAGAAAUCAUAUGACAUUGUGACACUUCUCUGUGUGUUUCACCAUCAAUAUAAUUGCCUAUCAAGGUUGGAGAUGUUUAUGCAGUACAUCCAAACUGCAGAUGGGAGGGUUUUUCCACUGAAGAAACUAUUUGUUAAUGAAGAAGAAGAGCCUAUUUACAGUCCCCCUGAAACCCCACUCUCCCAACAACGCUCCACUCAUGGCACCUGUAUUAUCUGCCAGAACCUGCCAGUAACCAGGGCGCUGUUGCCUUGCCGACAUGCAUGUGUGUGCGGAUCAUGCUUCUCACGCUUGGGGUCUAUGUGCCCGCUGUGUCGGCAAGUAAUAAGAUCCUAUUUCCUGACUCAAGAAGAACCCAACUUUGUAGACACUCUAGACACCAGCAGAGAUAUGAAUAAGAUGUCUACGUUAGAGCUGAUACGAGGUAUAUUCUCAGCAAGUUAGGGUAUAGGAGGAUAUGUUGGAAGGCAAAAACUAUAAACAAUACAUGCACUUGGUGUACUAGUCAUUUUAUAUUAAGACUCUUCAUGUACUCUGGACAUGAACUAAUCUUAAUUUGUGUAAAAUUUUCUAUCUAGUAUAUGAAUAGGUAAAUGAGUAAAUGAACCAAUUCUGAUGGCCACAUCAAACUGGCUCCCCUUGGGUUUACAGCGCGACCAAGAAAACUGUGAACACCGGAAAUAUGUAUGGAAUGUUUGUUCCGACCAAUCACUCGCGAGAUAUUCAAACAGUCAACUAGAAAUAUGUCUCAGUGUCUAAAUUAUCACGUCUAAUUCGUCAGCAAGGCUAUAUUAUUUAUCCUUUUAUUAUUUUGAGGGAUACCCUGAUUGUUAUGCCACUUAGGGGGUAAUAGUAACUAGCUGUGUUAGCAAAUAGUCUACUUUUUUCACUUGAAUCAAUGUGUUUAAGACAUUACUGUGCAUUUAUCAAGCCUUGGUCUGGGGGGGCAUUGUUUGCCAGGAGACGGACUUCCUCAUAGAAUGGCAAAGAUGUGUCCUUCAUUAGAUGUAACAGGAUCGACUUGCUUGUGGACACAAACACUCCACUCUGACGAAGGCGCUUUUGAUAAAAACAAAGAUUAUGCUUUUGAAUUCUCCCAAACUUAGAAAGAAAUUAAAAGGCUGAUUUAUGCUCUGCUGUACUCAGUGCUCUACUUAUCUACUCUCUCUACAUUUCUAAUGUCAGGUUUUUCUUGUGAACAUGAAUCAUUUCAAUAUUAUCUGGUUUAAAAAUAACUAAAUAAGAGGAUCUUUUGCAAA